ACAACUACACACAAGCACGAUUGCCUGGAAAGAAAACUCAUCGAUCGAAGCUCUGUGGUUCAACGACUAAAACAAGAUCUGCCGGAAUCCGGUAGCAGAGUUGACUCGUUCGAGUUAUCUUCACCACCAUAACAUGGCGGAUCCGGCGUACUCUGCCCUCAGAAAAAUGCUAGUGGACGAGAUCACGCCGGUGGUCAUGGUUCUCCCCACGCCUCUAGUCGAAGAACGAUGCCAAAAAAAUGGACUCUCAUUUGUCCAAAUGCUCAGUCCGUUUUGCGUAUUCAACAAUAUUGACGUCCCUGUUCGAACGGCCAGUGACCAACCCUACAGGCUCCAGAAGUUCAAGUUACGAAUGUUCUAUGCAUCAGAUGUUCGGCAACCAAAUGUUGAGGUGACGAAGGAGCGGUUAAAGCAGGUUAUUACUGAUGCAGGAAACAAUGAAGAUUCUGACUUCAACUUAGAUCUUUCACCUGUUGAAACUAUACCCACUUCUUCUCAACCUGAAUUUGUACCAACAUGGUUCCAAUUUUUCAAUAAAGAGCUUGUAUGCAGUGUGUCCUUCUCAGACCAUGAAGCCUUUGAUCAUCCUGUUGCAUGCCUUUUGGUUGUUUCCUCAAAUGAUGAGGAUCCUAUCAAGAAGUUUGUGGAUCUUUUUAACACAAACCAGUUGCCCCCGCUUCUUAAUGAUGGUGCAAUGGAUCCAAAGAUUCCGAAAUAUUUUAUUUUGGUUCACGAUAACCAAGAUGGAUCCUCGGAGAGAGCAACUAAGCUAUUGGCAGAAAUGAGAAAUACAUUUGGGUCAAACGAAUGUCGUUUACUAUGCUUCAACUCCUCCGAGGAUGGGUUAGUUGAUCAUCAACCGAAUCCAUGGGAUCCUUAUGCGUCUGUUGCUUCACCUGGUCAGCAUCUUGGCCGUUUACUUAACAAGGAUGAUAUAGAUGAGUUGAAGGAUUUUGUUCGUGAUCUAUCGUCGAAAGAUAUUAUUCCUAAUAUGGAGCAAAGAAUCCGUGUUCUAAAUCAGCAGGUCUCUGCAACAAGAAAAGGUUUUAGAAACCAGAUAAAGAAUUUAUGGUGGAGAAAAGGAAAAGACGACACUCCUGAGAAUCAAAGUGUUAACAUGUACACUUUUAGCUCCAUUGAAUCUCAAAUAAGGGUUUUGGGUGAUUAUGCGUUCAUGUUACGAGAUUAUGAACUUGCUUUGUCAAACUACCGCCUGCUAUCCACCGAUUACAAGCUUGACAAAGCAUGGAAACGAUAUGCUGGUGUACAGGAAAUGAUGGGAUUGACGUACUUCAUGUUGAAUCAAUCAAAAAAGGAUGCUGAGUAUUGCAUGGAAAAUGCCUUUAGCACAUAUUUACGUAUUGGGACAUCAGGCAAGGGAAAUGCUACACGCUGUGGUCUUUGGUGGGUUGAAAUGUUGAAGGCUAGCGGUCAGUAUAAAGAGGCUGCUGGUGUUUACUUCCGUAUCUCUGGUGAGGAACCUCUUCACUCAGCUGUGAUGCUUGAGCAAGCAUCUUACUGCUACCUGCUAGCCAAACCACCCAUGUUGCGGAAGUAUGGAUUUCAUCUCAUUCUUUCUGGUGAUCUGUACCAGAAGUGCGAUCAGAUAAAACAUGCAAUUCGUGCAUACAGAAAUGCCCUCUCUGUAUUUAAAGGAACAACAUGGAGCCGAAUUCGUGAUCAUGUCCAUUUCCAUAUAGGAAAGUGGUAUGCUUUUCUUGGAAAGUUUGAUGUGGCAAUGAAACAUAUGUUGGAAAUUGUGGCUUGUAGCCAUCAAUCAAAGCAAAUGCAGGAGUUGUUUAUGAAGGACUUUUUCCAGAUUCUACAGAGAACAGGCAAACCAUACAAAAUAUCCCGACUGCAGUUGCCAAUUGUCAUUAUCUCUUCACUCAAUAUUGUUUCUGAAGACCAUCGUACUUAUGGAUCAUCUGCUGCUGUCAGUGUUAAAGAAAGUGUUUGGCAGUCUUUGGAAGAGGAGAUGGUUCCAUCAUUUACUAAUGCCAAGACUACGUGGUUGGAUGUGCAGUCAAAGCUUCUACCAAACAAACUUAAACAAUCAAAUGUCUGUGUGGCAGGAGAAGCACUUAAGGUGGAAAUUGCAUUCAAAAACCCCCUCCAACUCUAUAUCCCCAUUUCAAAUGUUACUCUAAUGUGUGAGCAUUCACCAAGUGAGACACUACCUGAUGCAAACAGCUCAUCUUCUGUAAAUCAGAGUGUUGAAGAUGGGAAAGUAGCAACUGGAAGGGAGCUCAACUCAGGCACGUCUCUUUUUACAUUAUCUGAGGUUGACAUAAUGUUAGCAGGUGGUGAAACGACAGUGGUUCAGCUAACUGUUAUUCCUAGAAAAGAAGGCCGACUAAAAGUAACUGGUGUGAGUUGGAAACUGUCUGAUUUGAUGGUUGGCUUUUACACUUUUGAGUCUGACAUGGUGAAGAAAAGAAUUUCUAAAGGAAGAAGGAAAGCUAAGCAGCACACUGAUAAACUGGAGUUUUUGGUUAUCAAGAGCCUACCCAGACUUGAGGGUUUUAUUAACAACCUGCCCAGUACAGUUUAUGCUGGAAAUUUACAACAUCUAUCACUGGAACUGAGAAACUCGUCAGAGAUUCCUGUUAAGAAUCUAAAGAUGAAGAUCAGUCAUCCUAGAUUUCUCAACAUAGGAAAUCCUGAAGUAUUGGAUGUGAAUUUUCCUGCUUGCCUUGAGAAGGGAAAAACCUCUGCACAUAAAGAUGCAGAUCUUGACACCACUAAACAAUCAGAGACUGUAUUCCGUUUCCCUGAGGAUACAGUAAUUCAUAAGGAAACUCCCUUCUUUUUGCCUCUUUGGUUUCGGGCUGCUACUCCUGGGAAUGUAUCUUUGUAUCUCACAGUAUAUUAUGAGAUUGAUGACAAAUCAACUGCCAUGCGAUAUCGCACUUUGCGUACACAUCAUAUGUUAGAGGUGCUACCAUCUUUGGACCUCUCAUUCUAUAUCAACCCUUGCCCUACUAGGUUGCAAGAGUAUAUUGUGCGGAUGGAUGUUAUUAACAGGACAGGUUCAAGGAGUUUAAAGCUUCAUCAAUUGUCAUCUGUUGGGAAUGAAUGGCAGAUCUCUUUGAUUGAAUCCAUUAACGACAUUUUCCCUUUGGGAAACUUGGUAGCUGGUCAGGCUCUUUCUUGCUUUCUUAAGCUCAAGAAUGUGAAAAUAACAGAAACUGCUACAGAAGAGACCUCUACUGCCAGAGGUGAUGGAACAGAUGUUUGGUUGGGUUAUGGCAGCAGUGAAACAAUUUUUGAUACACGACGCUCUCCUCUUGUCAAUUUCCACCAUUAUGAACGAGUGCAUCAGAAAACAUCACAUCAGGAACAUCUAAACACAGUCGACUUCAUGUUGAUCUCCCAGAUGGAGGAAGGCGAGAACAGUUCUUCUGAGCUCCCUACCACCCCACAAAUCUUUUCGCACCAUGCUUGCCAUUGCAGUGUUUCAACCAAGAGACCAAUAUGGUGGUUACUGGACGGGCCUCGGAUCGUUCACUACAACUUCUCUGAUUCUUUCUGUGAAACAAAACUCAAGAUGACGCUUCACAACUCGUCAGGUUUUGUUGCUUCUGUUCGUGUUAACACAUUUGAUUCCCCUCCCGGUAGCGCCCCAUCCGGGAGCAAACUUGGUUGGCACGAUAUGUCCAGUCCACCUAUCGACAUUAGAGUUCCAGCACCAGAUAUAUCUGGAAGCAGUACAGGAAAAGCAGUGUCGCUAGAGUCGGUUCCUCCUUUCAUUUGGUCAGGAUCGAGUACGACCCGCGUGAAACUUGAACCAAAUUCCACGACCGAGAUAUCUCUACUGGUCACAACGUUUGCACCUGGGACCUACGAUCUCUCCAACUACACGUUGCAUUGGAAUCUUGAAGAGUCGAGCAAUGGCCGGGAAAGGGAAGGUACAUGCCAAGGGCAUCCAUUUUACUUGACCAUAUUGCAAAAGGAAUGAAUGAGCAUUUUAUGGAGAUGGUGUAGUGUACUAGUAAUUCAGUGUAAAAUUUGUUGUUUAAAAUGUGUUUAUAGAACAAAAUAGAGAAAGAGUUGUGUUGAAAAUGGAGGAAUCACAUGGGUAUUAUUUUUGUUCACAGGUUAAUAAAAACAACAAUGGAAUGGUUCAAG